GUGGAUUGCACCAUUUGAUCCAACUAAGAAGGAUGAGGAGGUUAUUCAAGAUGUCAACUGCUAUCGGUUUUGCCCAACGGAUUCAGAACUCAUACUCUACUACCUAAAACCAAAGAUUGAAACCGGAGAACAUCCCGAAUGCCGGAUAUACGCAGUCAAUCUUUACAACCACAGUCCUGAAGAACUUACAAAUCAAUACCGAGCUUGUGAUGACAAAUGGUACUUUUUUACACCAAGAGAGCGAAAAUACGAAAAGGGGAAUGUACCUAAUAGAAGAACCGGGGACUUGGGGGUUUGGAAAGCAAGUCAGAAGUAUACAUUGGUUUAUCAUCAUGAUGCGACUGGAUCGCGAGUGGUGGGAACGAAAAGAGGUUUAGGAUAUCAUGACAGGACGGGUUGCAAGACAUCAUGGCUAAUGCAGGAGUAUGCUAUGAAUGAUCCUAAUCUUCCAAUUAAAAGCCGACAAGACAGUAACAAGGUUUUAACUGAUUGGGUGAUCUGUAAGAUUUAUAAGAAGAAUAGUACCAAUGAAACAAAGAAAAGUAUAGCUCAAGCUCCUCGUCAAGUGUUUGCAAGUGAAGAAACUGGUGAAUAUCAACAAAAUCAUUCAAUGGCAACCCCAACAAACAUUGCUCAAAUCCCACAUGGUGCUACAGCCUCUACUGCCAUCACUUCACAUGUUUAUGUUGCACAAUCGCGUGCUUACGCAUCUCCAGUGUUGGAUCAGAUCGUUCCACAAAAUCAGUCCAUGUCGAACGCUACAAGCAGUUUUCGAUAUUAUGAGGUUCCUUCAAAUUCUACUUCAGCCGAAUCGCUUGUUGAUGCUGCACUACCAUUUGGUUAUACAACUCCAGUGACUUCAGAAGAUGUUGCUAUGGAUGAGUUCAAUACAACACAGUCAGUUGUUGACAAGGACAUGUUGGUGAUUGAUGAUUGGAUUUCUUUUGAUGAUUUCAUGAAAACAUACUGAGAUAGUUAAUGUAACUUUUGACUUCUGUUGUUUUCUUUAGUGUGUGUGGGGUUAGAAACACACACAAACAAAUGUAAGAUGUCGUCAACAAAUUUUUGUUGACUUUGUGAACUGUUAUAGAAAAAUGAAAAAUAAUUAAAGUUCUA